AUGCCCCGCCCACGCCACACUUUCCGUCGCUGCCUCAUUCGCCGCUCUCUUCGCGGAGCUCAUCGAUUCAGUCUUGGAGUGCUCGUGGCGGCAGCAUGCCUCGCUGCGUGCAGCGCGCAGCAGCAAAGCGGGGCGGCGCACCCGGGGUCGAUGCUGGCGGGGUUCGAGUACCCGGAUCACGUUUGCGGGGCGCCGUGGCGCGACGAGUACGUGCGGCUGCACGCGCGCAUCAGAGCCGCCAGCCGAGACGCGUGGAGCGCGCGACAGCCGCCAGCUGCCCCGCCACCGCCCGCCACGCCGCCGCCGCCACAGCCCGCUGCGCCGGCGCGUAGGCGCCUGGGGGACGACUCUCCUCCCGGUGAGCCCACGCCCGCGGUGCGGUUCCUGACGUACGACUGGUACGGCACGUGCGGCGGGCUGGGCGACUACCUGAUCGGGCUGGUGUCCAUCUUCCCCGCCGCGCUGCUGGACCGCCGCGCGCUGCUCAUCGCACAGCCCUGCAUGCACGCCGCCUUCCACUCGCCGCACAUUGACACCGCGCUCUCCCCCGACGUGCCCAUGGGGGGCCAGCCGCUGCUGCGCGCCGCGCCCUUGGACGCUCAAGAAGGCGACGCGCGCGUGGAGUGGCACGCGCCGCCGUGCGAGCGGCUGGAGGGCAACAUGAGCGCGGCGGCGACAGACAGCAGUGGCGUGCCGUGCUUGGACAUGCUGCGGCACAGCUUCGGCAUCGACGCGCUGCAGCAGCUGAGCGCGCUCACCAACUACCGCAUGCGCUACAACAAGGGGCUGCUCAUCUUCACGCUCAUGCUCGACCAGGGCCCGUGGGCGGCCGCCCUGCGGCAGCUGGGCUUCAAGGUGGCGUACGGCUUCGGGUGCAUCCUCAGAUUCCUCUUCAGUCCGCGGCCUGAGGUGUGGCAACUGCUGGUGGGGAUAGAGGAGCAGGUGUGGGGCAAGGGCGUGGUGCGCGUGGCCGUGCACCUGCGCGUGCCGGACCGCGAGGUGUGGGAGGGUGAGGGCACGCCGCUCAACAUGACGCAGCAGCAGCUGGACCACCUGCUCGCCACGGCCAACAGCACACUGCAGUGCGCUCAGGCAGUAGAGGAUUAUUGGUACCCGCCUCCCCUCAAGGUCAAGUGGAUUUUCAUCACCAACUCGCACCCACUCAAGCAAGCACUCAAAGCCAAGUACCCAGAUAAGGUGGUGACAACGGAGUUUGUGCCGUGGCACUCGGACCACUCGAUAGACCUCGCCACGUCCAAGGAGCGUGACGCGGCGCUGAGAGGGCUGCAGCACUUCCGCGAGACGGUGGCGGAGUGGGCGCUGAUAGCGGCGUGCCACUCCUUCAUCAUCCCCGCCUCCGGCUUCUCUCGCACCGCCGCGCUCUACGGCCUGCGCCCCCUCGACAUCUUCAUGCCCGCGCCCGACACCUGCGACCCCGAGCAGCCCACUGCUGUUGCUGGCUUCCGCGGCUCCUGGAGUGGCAUCUAG